CCAACCUGAGCCAUGGCGACGUGUGUUUUCGAGGAUCCCUUGGCCUUAGCUGUUUUGAGGUGGGACGAAAUUGAAGAACUCUCCUUUCUGGAUAUGGAGUACCCCGUUCCGCGGAGGUUUAGGUCCGGGCGAGGCUACUUGGAUGUGCUCAACAUAGAUAGUGAAGCUUUCCGCCAUCAGUUUCGUUUUGAGCAGAUGGACUUAAUGGAGCUGUGUAGCGCGCUGCGAGUCCCUCAUACAAUUAGGACGGCCCAGAACGUCGCCAUCCCCGGGCAGGAAGCUCUGUGCAUUCUUCUGCGGAGACCCUCCUACCCCAACCGCCUCUGCGACCUGGAAGGCAUGUUUGGCCGCCACUCUUCGACACUUUCGAGUGCGACGACCGUGGUGCUAAACCAUUUGACGUCCACGUUCGGGCAGCUGACCGCGGAUCUGUCAGCUCACAUGUGGUUGAACCGUGCAAGCUUGGACGAGUUCUCCGAGGCGGUCCGCGCGAAGGGGGCACCUCUUCAGAAUUGCUGGGGUUUCGUUGAUGGAACGGCCCGCCCCAUCUGCCGACCCACGGAGGACCAGCGGCUUUAUUUCUCUGGCCACAAGCGUGUGCACGCCAUCAAGUAUCAGGGCAUCAUGUGUGCCAACGGCAUCAUCGUGGAGAUGAAUGGCCCUUACCCGGGACACCGACACGACGCCGGUAUCCUGCGGCUGAGCGGCCUUUAUGAAAGGCUUGAGGACCUCGUGCAGGGCAGCGUAUACACGAUCUACGGUGACCCUGCCUAUCCUUUGCGGCCUUUGUUGCAGAAACCAUUCAUGGGUGCUAGCUUGACUGCCGCAGAGCAGAACUUUAACAAAAAAAUGAGCAGCGUGAGGCAAGCAGUAGAAUGGGGCUUUGGGAAAGUGUCAACUCUCUUCGCUUUUGUAGAUUUAAAAAAAAAUCAGAAGCACAGGCAGCAGCGCGUGAGCGAUAUGUAUCAGGCUGCAACACUGUUAACAAACUGCCACACGUGCCUGUAUGGCAGCCAAACCUCCACGUUUUUUCAGCUGUCUCCGCCGACGCUGGAUGAAUAUCUUUCACCUCGUUAUUGA